UUGUCAUUUGCAUAGAGAAGUACAAGAAAGGAGUCAACUGUUCAGCAAGGUUUGGCGCUGCACUCCCGCCAAAACAUCGAUUUCGAAGAUGACCGAAACUCAAAGUCAAGGACCCAAGGUCCUCGAGACGGUCGAGGACAUCCAGGCUCGACGUGACGAGGUGCUGGGACGCUACGGCAAGUUCAAGGAGGAUGUCGCCUUCCGCAGACAAAUGCUCCACGACUCCAGGAGAUACUUGUACUUCAAGCGGGAUGCAGAUGAACUGGAGAAGUGGAUCGUGGAGAAACUGCAGAUUGCAGCAGAGGAGAGCUACAAGGACCCUACUAACCUACAGGGUAAGUUACAGAAACACCAGGCAUUCGAAGCGGAGGUCCAGGCCAACAGUAACGCCAUCAUGGUGCUGGAUACCACCGGCCAGGAGAUGAUCUCGGAGAACCACUUCCGCUCAAACGACAUCCAGGCUACCCUGGAUGAGCUCCAUCGGCUGUGGGACCUGCUGAUGCUGAAGCUGGCAGACAAGGGAGUCAAACUCAUGCAGGCCAUGAAGCUGGUGCAGUUCCUGCGUCUGUGUGAUGAGGUGAACUACUGGAUUAAGGACAAGGAGGCGUUUGCGAGCGCGGUGGAGACAGGACGAGACCUGGAGCAUGUGGAGGUCCUACAGAAACAGUUUGAGGAGUUCCAGACAGACCUGUCUGCCCAUGAGGAGAAAAUCAACGAUGUGAACAACACGGCCGACUCGCUGGUCAACGACGAGCACCCAGAGGUCGAGCAGAUCAGGAACAAACAAGAGGAGGUGAAUGCGGCCUGGCAGCGCCUGAAGCAGCUGUCCAUGGAGCGGCAGGAGAAACUGUUUGGAGCAGCAGAGAUACAGAGGUUCAACAGGGAUGCUGACGAGACGAUCUCCUGGAUCAAUGAGAAGGACAGCACGCUGUCGUCUGAGGACAUUGGGAAGGACCUGCCAGAGGUGCAGGCUCUACAGCGUAAACACGAGGGCGUGGAGAGGGACCUCGCCGCUCUCGAGGACAAGGUUACCACGCUAAGUGCAGAGGCAGACCGCCUGCAGUCCGCCCACCCGGAGAGUGCAGACGACAUCGGGACCAAGAAGGAUGAAGUCCUGGAGGCCUGGGACAGGAUUAAGACCAAGGGUGAGGAGCGUAAGUCGCGUCUGAACGACUCGUACCGGCUGCAGCGGUUCCUAGCGGACCACCGUGACCUGGUGUCGUGGUGUAACGAGAUGCGCGCCCUCAUCUCCGCUGAUGAGCUGGCCAAGGACGUCCCCGGGGCAGAGGCUCUGCUGGACAAGCACCAGGAACACAAGGGAGAGAUUGAUGCCCGUGAGGACAGUUUCCGCACCACGGCUGAGGCAGGGCAGGGUCUCCUGGAGGAGAACCACUUCGCUUCAGAUGAGGUCAAGGAAAAGCUUGUUGCGCUGGCGAAUGAGAAGACGUCCCUACUGGAGCUGUGGGACGAGCGCCACGUGCAGUACGAACAGUGUCUGGACCUGCAGCUGUUCUACAGGGAUGUGGAACAAGCAGAGGCAUGGAUGGGCAAACAGGAGGCUUUCCUAGCCAAUGAUGACCUGGGAGACUCGCUGGACUCUGUGGAGGCUCUCAUCAAGAAACAGGAGGACUUUGAGAAGUCUCUGGCCGCUCAGGAGGAGAAGAUUAACGCCCUGAAUGACUUUGCCAACAAGCUGAUUGAGAACAACCACUACGCCUCUGAUGAUGUGGCUGCCAAGAGGGAUGCUCUGCUGACCCGACGUGAAGAGUUACUGAAGAAGUCCCAGGCCCGUCACACAGUCCUGGAGGACUCCUACCGCCUGCAGCAGUUCCAGCGUGAUGCUGACGAGGUCAAGGCCUGGAUCAACGAGAAACUCAAGACUGCAACUGACGAAUCUUACAAGGACCCGACCAACCUGCAGGGUAAGAUCCAGAAGCACCAGGCGUUCGAGGCAGAGCUUCAGACCAACCAGGGUCGCGUGGACGCCGUGAACCAGCAGGGGCGAGACCUGAUCGACGCUGACCACUACAGCAGGGACAACAUCGAGGCACAGCUGGAGGAGAUCGCUGCUCUCUGGGACCAGCUCAAACUGGCCUCUGAGAAUAAAGACAAGAAGCUGCGAGAAGCCCAGCAGCAGCAGCAGUUUAACCGCGGCUGCGAGGACGUGGAGCUGUGGCUCACGGAGGUCGAGGGUCACCUGGCCUCCGAGGAUCUUGGGAAGGAUCUGCCCAGUGUACAGAACCUGCAGAAGAAGCAUGCUCUACUGGAGGCUGAUGUGGCUGCUCAUCAGGAGCGUAUGGAUGGGAUUGCCAUCCAGGCUAAGCAGUUUGUGGACGAGGGUCACUUCGACGCAGACAACAUCAAGGCCAAACAGGAGGCUCUACAGGAGAGAUACGAUGCACUGCAGGAGCCCCUGGCAGCUCGUAAGGCGAAGCUUGCAGACUCCCUGAGACUGCAGCAGCUGGUUCGGGAUAUUGAGGAUGAGGAGGCCUGGAUCAGGGAGAAGGAGCCGGUGGCGUCCUCUACAAACAGAGGGCGAGAUCUGAUAGGAGUACAGAACCUCCUGAAGAAGCACCAGGCCCUUCAGGCGGAGAUUGCCGGGCACGAGAACCGCAUCAAAGCGGUCUGCCAAACCGGACAGGACAUGAUCCAGGAGGAACACUUUGCCGCAGACGACAUCAACUCUAAAGUGUCAGGACUCGAGGACAAGUGGCAAGGACUCAAGGACAAGGCAGCCCAGAGGAAGCAGGACCUGGAUGACUCUCUCCAGGCUCAGCAGUACUUUGCUGAUGCCAACGAGGCCGAGUCGUGGAUGAAGGAAAAGGAGCCGAUUAUUGGAAGUAUUGACUAUGGAAAGGACGAGGACUCAGCUGAGGCCCUCUUAAAGAAACAUGAGGCCAUCGUGUCAGACCUGGAUGCUUACGGAACCAGCAUCGAGGCACUUCGGGAACAGGCUAAGGCCUGCAAGCAACAAGAAGCGCCCGUAGAGGAUGACACAGGCCGGCAGUGUGUAGUCGCUCUGUACGACUACCAGGAGAAGUCACCGCGUGAGGUGUCUAUGAAGAAAGGAGACGUGUUGGUGUUGUUGAACAGUGCGAACAAGGAUUGGUGGAAGGUAGAAGUGAAUGAUCGCCAGGGUUUCGUGCCCGCCGCGUACGUGAAGAAGAUCGAUGCCGCUCAGUCGGCGUCACGAGAGAACGUCUCAGGACAGGCUGUGAACAGUGUGGCAGCCAGGCAGGAACAGAUUGAGAAACAGUACGACACUCUGCAGUCUUUGGCCAACGACCGCAAGUCCAACCUGGAGAAGUCCUGCAAGAAGUUCAUGCUCAUCCGUGAGGCCAACGAACUGCAAAACUGGAUUAACGAAAAGGAGGCCAUCGCAGCAUCUGAGGAGCUUGGGGAUGACCUGGAACAUGUGGAGGAACUGCAGAAGAAGUUUGACAACUUCUCCAAGGAUCUUAAGUCUCACCAGAACCGACUACAAGAGAUCAACGAGAUUGCCCGUAAGCUUGAGGAGGAGGGCAUGAUAGUGGCAGAGGAGGCGCCGGCUGUACAGGCACAGGUUGCUUACGCUGUAGAAGCCGCUCCUGUGAAUGCCGCCAUGCUUGGUGCGGCUCCCGGCGCCGCGGGCGAGUUACAGGCUACUCGUACAACUGUCACCACCACACGAACUGCCGUAGAUACACAGAACUUACAGGCUGAUGAGACUGAUGCUAAGGCAUCUUGGAAAGACUUAGCUUUCCGCUUGAAUGUGAUUGCGAACCUGAACCAGCGCUGGGCAGCCCUGGAGCAGCUCGCCAGUGAUCGCAGCGCCACCUUGGGGAGUGCACAUGAAGUGCAGCGCUUCCACAGGGAUGCAGAGGAGACCAAAGACUGGAUAGCUGAGAAGGACCAGGCCCUGAACACAGAUAACUACGGACACGACCUGGCCAGCGUACAGGCUCUGCAGCGCAAACAUGAGGGCUUCGAGAGGGACCUCGCCGCUCUGGGGGAUAAGGUCCACUCCCUGGAUGACACCAGCCAGCGCCUGAUCCAGACCCACCCCGAGGCGGCAGACUCCAUCUCGGAGAAGCAGUCGGAGAUCAACGACGCCUGGGGAAACCUGACGGCCCGCGCCGACGCUCGCAAGGCCAAACUCAUGGACUCACAGGACUACCAGCGAUUCCUGUCUGACUUCAGGGACCUGAUGUCGUGGAUCAACGGCAUCAUGACGCUGGUGUCCUCGGACGAACUCGCCAAAGACGUGACGGGGGCGGAGGCUCUGCUGGAGCGGCACCAGGACCACCGGACAGAGAUCGACGCCCGAGCCGGAAGCUUCCAGGCCUUCGAGAACUUUGGGCAGCAGCUGCUCGCCAAGAACCACUACGCCAGUCCGGACAUCGAGGAGAAACUGGCCACGCUGGCACGGGAGAGGGAGGAACUCGAGAAGGCCUGGGUAGCCCGUCGUAUGAAGCUUGACCAGUGUCUGGAGCUGCAGCUGUUUAACCGUGACUGUGAGCAGGCCGAGGCAUGGAUGGCAUCCCGAGAAGCCUUCCUGCAGGAGGCUGAGGGGCCUGAGGGGUCCUCGGUGGAGGCUAUGAUCAAGAAACAUGAGGACUUUGAUAAGGCUAUCAAUGCACAGGAGGAGAAGAUCCUUGCCCUGCAGUCGUUCGCUGACCAGCUGAUCGCGGCUGACCACUACGACUCUCCGGCCAUCACUGACCGUCGGGACGAGGUGCUGGACCGCUGGCGCUCCUUGAAGGCUGCCCUGAUCGAGAAGCGCUCCAAGCUGGGAGAGUCCCAGAGCCUUCAGCAGUUCAGCCGUGAUGCUGAUGAGAUCGAGGCCUGGAUCAGUGAGAAACUGCAGACAGCCACGGAUGAGAGCUACAAGGACCCUGCUAACAUACAGAGCAAGCACCAGAAGCACCAGGCGUUUGAGGCUGAGCUGGCUGCUAACGCCGACCGUGUGCAGGGGGUCAUCGGCAUGGGACAGAGUCUGAUUGACCAGAACAAGUGUGCAGGUAGUGAGGAGGCAGUGAGUGCUCGGAUUGUCAGCCUGGGCGACCAAUGGGAGUACCUGGUGCAGAAGUCUGCCGAGAAGAGCCAGAUGCUGAAGGAAGCCAACAUGCUGCAGAAUUUCAACACCGGCGUGAAGGAGAUAGAGUACUGGCUGACUGAGGUGGAGGCUCUGGUCCAGUCUGAGGACUACGGUAAGGACCUGGCCUCCGUCUCCAACCUGAUGAAGAAACACCAGCUUCUGGAGGCUGACAUCACCGCGCAUCAGGACCGUAUCCGUGACCUGAACAACCAGGCCGACACCUUCAUCUCCUCCAACCACUACGAUAUGGAGUCCAUCAAGGAGAAGAAGACGACCAUCAACACACGCUUCGAGCGGCUGCAGAACCUGGCAUCGGAGCGGCGACAGCGCCUGCAGGAGUCCCUCACACUGCACCAGUUCUUCAGGGACAUUGAUGAUGAGGAGGCUUGGAUCAAGGAGAAGAAGCUCCUUGUGAGCUCAGACGACUACGGGCGUGACCUGACCGGAGUGCAGAACCUGCGCAAGAAACACAAACGUCUGGAGGCUGAGCUGGCAGGACAUGACCCUGCUAUUCAGGCUGUACAGAACACAGGAGAAGGCCUGAUGGCCCAGUCCAGUCUGGGAGCAGCCGAGAUCCAGCGCAGGUGUGACGAGCUCACCGCCAACUGGUCAGAACUCAAACAGCUCGCAGCUAACAGAGGCCAAAAACUUGAAGACUCUCUGGCCUACCAGCAGUUCAGUGCUAAUGUGGAUGAGGAGGAGUCCUGGAUCAAUGAGAAGCAGAACCUGGUGUCCAGCGAGGACUAUGGAGACACCCUGGCUGCCGUACAGGGUCUGCAGAAGAAGCAUGAGGCAUUUGAGACGGACUUCAAGGUUCACCGUGAGAGAGUUGACUACAUCUACUCACAGGGCAACAAGCUGAUUGAUGAGGGUAACCACCGCUCAGAUGACAUCAAGGGCCGUAUCCAGUCUCUGGAGUCCAAGGUUCGCUCUCUAGAGGACAGCGCCACCAAGCGCAAACAGAACCUGGACGACAACUCAGCUUUCCUGCAGUUCAACUGGAAGGCAGACGUUGUGGAGUCUUGGAUCGCUGACAAGGAGGCUACUGUGUUCUCCGAUGACUACGGGCGAGACCUGAGCUCAGUGCAGACCCUGCUGACCAAACAGGAGACAUUUGACGCUGGUCUGCAGGCGUUUGAAAAGGAAGGCAUCACCACCAUCACCAAGCUGAAGGACCAACUGGUGGCCUCGCAGCACGCCCAGUCUGACGCCAUCAAGCAGCGACAUGCAAACCUCAUCAAGCGCUGGGAGAAACUGCUGGCAGACUCAGGGGCUCGCAAGCAGCGCCUGCUGCGCUCCCAGGAACAGUUUAAGCAGGUGGAGGACCUGUUCCUGCUCUUCGCCAAGAAAGCCUCGGCCUUCAACAGCUGGUUCGAGAACGCCGAGGAGGACCUCACCGACCCCGUCCGCUGUAACUCCAUCGAGGAGAUCAAGGCCCUUAAAGACGCCCAUGCAGCGUUCAAGGCCUCCCUGACCUCGGCUGAGGCUGACUACCAACAGCUGAUCGACCUGGACAGGCAGAUCAAGAGCUACAAGGUCACCAGCAACCCGUACACCUGGUUCACUAUUGAGGCCAUUGAUGACACCUGGAGGAACCUACAGCGCAUCAUUGCAGAGCGCGAGGCAGAGCUGAACAAGGAGAAGGUUCGUCAGGAGGAGAACGACAAACUGCGCCGACAGUUCGCUCAGCACGCCAACGCCUUCCACUCUUGGCUUCAGGAGACCAGGGCCUACCUCCUGGACGGGGCUGCUAUGGUGGAGGAGACCGGAUCUCUGGAGGCCCAGCUAGAAGCAACCAAGCAAAAGUGCCAGGAGAUCCGUGCCCACCGUGCCCAGCUGAAGAAGGUGGAAGACCUGGGAGCAAACAUGGAGGAGCGACUCAUUCUAGACAACAGGUACACUGAGCACAGCACGGUAGGCCUGGCCCAGCAGUGGGAUCAGCUGGACCAACUGGGCAUGCGCAUGUGCCACAACCUGGAGCAGCAGAUACAGGCCAGGAACAAAGUGGGAGUAUCUGAAGAGGCUCUCAAGGAGUUCAGCAUGAUGUUCAAACACUUUGACAAGGAUAAGAGCGGAAAGCUGGACCAUCACGAGUUUAAGUCCUGUCUGCGCUCGCUGGGGUACGACCUGCCUAUGGUGGAGGAAGGAGAACCUGAUCCAGAGUUCCACGCUAUACUCGACACGGUGGAUCCCAACAGGGAUGGUUACGUGUCGCUGCAGGAGUACAUGGCCUUCAUGAUCAGUCGGGAGACAGAGAACGUGCAGACCAGUGAGGAGGUGGAAAACGCCUUCCGGGCGAUCGCCACCGAGGGAAAACCGUACGUCACCAAGGAGGAGCUCUACGCGAACCUGACAAAGGACCAGGCAGAAUACUGCAUCCUGCGUAUGAAACCUUACGUCGACAACCGAGGCCACGAAAUCACCGGCGCGCUCGACUACAUAGACUUUACCCAGUCCCUAUUCGCCAACUAAUUCCCCCAACCCCUUCUUAGCCUAGUAACCAACCUUACAAUGUAUUACCCGCUAUGCUACCGAAUAUAGUUACUCAGUAUGUUAGUCUUAUUGUGCUGUUGCAUGUUUGUUGUGUGUGUGUGUUUACAUUUUACCAUCUUACUGGCCUGGAAAGCUGCCUUGCACAGUUUAUAGCAAGGGUCUGCGUCAUCAAGCCACUACAGUUACGUAGAAAGAAGUUAACACGAGUAGGUAGAAAUUGCUAAGUAAUUGCAAAGUAUGCUACUGAAAUAAGACCCAAUGUUAACCAAUGUAGUUACCCAAGAAUAGGUACCCAACUGCAGUCAUUGAAGUUUAACUAACCUUACUACCAUCUAGCUUUCUCUGCUGAUAGUGAAUGAUAAAAAUAGUAUAUGCAAGAAGUUUGAUUACAAUUAGCAACUGUCAUUACAAUUAGUCAAACCAAUACAAAGUAUUUGAAUUAGAUCUCACCCAAAUACAAGUAGUUCAUAUAUCCAGUAGAGAGACUGUGUGGUUGUACUCUUUGCUAUAGUUAAGACCUAAAUUUGCAAGUGCCCAUGUAACAGUUGGGCAGAGACUUGACCAUAUAGAAAGUCUCCUUGCAGUUUCCGUCAGACCAUUUUGUUAGCUUUGUCUGCAAAGCGAUGCAGUUUUAGAUGUGUGUUUUCAUGAUAGCAUUGAGUGAGGAUUGGUGAUGAAAAAUUGUAGCUCUCGGAGCUGCUGCAUGUUACCGUAUAUCAACAGUGGUGAUUUUGCAAGGAGCUCAAGAAAACUGUAAUUGGAAAAUAAUGAUUGUACACCAGCUUGUUUGAGAAAACUAUACCAUUCCUGAAAUGUUGUCAUGAUUUUAGCAUUAAUCGUCAUUCGUAGAAGUGUAGGAAUUUCGAGUUCUGGUACUUGAAUUUGUUUCAGUUGUUUUCCACUAAGAAGUGUUUCCAUACUUGUGUUUUAUUCCUGAAAUGUGCACACUGUAUGGUUCAAUCUUGUUCACUGUUUGUGGCAUGCUGACAGCACAAUAAAGUAGUAUCACUCCUGA